AUGUGUAGCGAGUUGUGUGUGCUUGCGCUGAACGGCUUCCUCCUCAUCCUCACGUGCGAGGGCGAGGUGUUCUUUGCGACGCACAGCAUCGAGUCCUACCUCGGCUUCCACCAGGGCGUCCAGCCCAGACCGGCGAGGAGGCGCUGCGCAGAUCUGCGUGGGUCGGAGGCUGCCGCCGCGCUCAUUAUCGAGUGGCGAUGCCGUGCGUCGGCGGCUGGCCUGCCGGCCGCGAGCGGCGGCGGGGGGCGGGGCGGGGGCGGGGCGCCGGGGCGAUGGCGACGAAUUUAUGGGGGGCAAGUGUCACCGGCGGGGGGCGCGGCUCGUUACGCGCGCGGUCCCGUCCUCCCCCGCCCCCCUCCGCCGCGCCUUCCUAACGGUAGGAAAAUUGCGGUGAACGGGGCGAAAUUCGCCCUCCGCCCCACGCUCCGACCGCGUCCCCGGCUUUUUUUCUUCCCUUCCCCUUCGUCGAUUGAUAAGACGAAUGCGGGAGAGCGGCGGCGGAUCACCGCGUGGCGGACCCCACAACGGACAGGCGGGCGGCGCGGAUUCUCCUUAGGCGGAUUGGAAAACACGCCCGCGUCGCCGCGCUACAGCGCCGACACUAAAGCGCGGACGCCCCUGACAUUCCAAGGCCACUGGCUGGCCGCCGCUCGCAGCGCGAGUGUUAUAAAGGAAGUGCUGCACGCAGCCCCGCCCCCCCCCUCGCACGUCACCUCACUUCGAGCGGGGCGGAGAGAGAAAGUAACACGGACCGACCUUGAGUGGACACGACACUCGCAGGGCUGGAAGACGCGAAAUUGA